AUGGCCAGCCCGCUGGCAGCGGUCGUGCAUGGCCUCCUCGCGGCAGGGACAUGCGUCCUCCUCUACUACGCGCUCAAGUACGCCAAGAAGUACUACUUCAUGGUGGCCUUCCUCUUGCCGCCGUUUGUGAGCUUCUGCAUGAUCUACGAAAACAUCGUGCGCGCCGCCACCAACCUCGAUGGCGCCGACGCUAGCGACGGCGGCGACUUUGACAAGAGCCUCACGAGCGUCCAAGUGAUGCUCGCCCUCCAAGCGUGCAUCAUUCCGUUCAUGCUGCUCAUCUGCUUUGAGGUCACGUACCUCGUGCACAAGAACAAGAGCGUCAACUUUUGCGGCAUCUCGUUCGAGUCGGGCCAUCGCGCGAACCGCAACAACUUCAAAACGACCUUUCUGCGCUUCGCCGUGUGGCUCGUCGGCCUCUCGCUUCUGCUCAUCAACCUCUACGUGUACUACAGCUACUUCCAGGACAUCGAGUUCCACGAAGGGAGCUACUUUAUCAACGGCGAUGGGACCGUCGCCACGGUGCUGACGCAAAUCCCAGCCUACGUGCUCGUGAUCCUCUCGCUCUACAUGGGGCUCCGGCUCUGGAACUAUGGCUGCAACUACGCCUUUGUGAUCCACGCCACGUGCUUCAACCCGUGGAUCUGGAUGGUCGUCGGUGCGAUCGCGCUUGCCGUCGGGUACAUCAUCCCUGGGAUGGUCUUUGCCAUCACGUCCAACAUUGGCGAGUUUAUCAUGCUCGCAGCCAUCAUCCGCAUGUUCAAAGAAGUGCACCAUGACCUCCAAGUGGCCGACGAGUUUGGCCGCACCAUGGACCGGUCGUUGCCGUCGGCCAUGAUCGUCGUGCCGCGCGACAACAUGGCCAACAGCCACGCUACCAUCUCGACGCCGAUCUCGUCGUACGCGCCGAUGACGUCGCCGCCCAGCACCGCCGCCGCCGUAUCCGACGACGACGACUCGGACGGCGCGCGGCUCACAGAUGCCAACACGAACGCGUACUUUUCAAGCAUUCUGGCGCGCACCAAAGGCGACCAGCUGCGCUGGGACGCACCACCAUCGAGCAUUGCGCUCGAGCCCGUCCGGCUCCGGAAGCCACAGCUGGCGUCGCCGCCAAGCGACCACAAUACGGUGCUGCGGGCGCCGGAGCCGGUGCUCGAGUUCAACGCAUCGUUUCCGCCGGUGCUCGAAGCCGACGACAAAGACGCGUGGGUGAUACUGGCUGACGAGACAACGACGUCGACACCGCCGCCUCGCCCGGCGUUCGAUGCGAGCGCAUGGGCCAUGGACCCGCCGCGGUCGCGCCGCGACAGCUACACGGUCAGCGAGUCGAGAACGGCCAACGAGGAGGGCGCGCGUCGACGUCGACGAGGCCGCUCGGUCGUCUCGGACGUGCCCACCGAGUCGUCCGAGACGCCGCUCCGAGGUGCGACGCCGGCGACUACAAGCUGUUGCGAGACGCCACCGAAUCGACACGAAGACGACGACAUGGACAUGGACAUGGACGUCGACUGGAUGCGCCAGCUCGGUGCGUCCUUGGAUUUUGGUGACGAUGCGGCGGCGCUGGAUGAUAUCCCGCUGGGUACGCCGCCGCCCAUUGUGAUGGCGACCACCCAAGCGGCCAAGCGCAAGGCCGACGCGCUGCUGCUCGGGAAGGCGACGACCGCCGACCGCGACAUGGACCGCCUCCACCAGCGCGACGUCACGCUCUGCAACGAGUUUGGCUGGACCAAGCUCACGACGACGGGCGCCUUCUGCACGAUCUGCUCGCGCAUCGUCGUCCCGCGCGGGUCGGGCUUCCGCGAGUACUUUUACCACGAAGAAACCGCGAUGCACAAGAAGAACCUCGCGGCGACCGGCGACCUGUCGCGCGCGAUGGAGGACGAGCAUAGCACGUCCACGCGCCGCUCGAGCCGCCUCAAGGACAAGCCGCUCCUGCCGCCGAUGAUCGAUAUGGACAGCAGCGCCGACGAAGCCGCGCCCAAAACGCGCCGCAGCACAUCGGCGUCAACGAUUACGACGAAUACGACGACGACCAUGGCCAAGGCCCACUCGAAGCCCGAGCUCAUGGUCUACGACGAUAGCAGCGAUGACAGCGACAGUGCCCCCGCAGCGACCAAUGCCAAGGUGCUCAUGACGCCGCCGUUGGCCCCGCGCGCGACGGCCGACGAGAGCCCGUCGCAGCUACGCCUCUUGACGCUCAAGAAAGCAGCGUUGUCCAGCGCGACCAAGGCGCCCAAGAAGACGCCGACCAAGAUGUUCAAACCAACGCCGACCAAGUCGACCAAGCCAACGCCGACGAAACCCGCCAAGCCGACCAAGCCGUCGUCGAAUCAGGUCAACCACGUCGAAGAAGACGUGCGCCCGUCGCAGUCGAAGAAGGUGUUGCGGGAAAAGAAGGCGGGCCCCAAGCCCAAGCUCACAAAGCCCGCGUCUGCCAAUGAAGACAGCUCCGAGGCCGACGAGCCCAUGGAGCAGCAGCAUCGCGUCAAUCAUGUCGAAGAGGACGUGCAGUCGGCGCCAGAAGAGUCGACGAAAGAUGGCCCGCGCGAGACGGAGCCCGGCCUCGAUAGCCCGGCGGCCCAGGUCACGGCCAGCGAAGGCCACCCCGAGCCAGACGAUGUCGCGUCGAGCCCGAUCGCCGCGGCGAUGACAACCAUCCCAUGCACAGAAGAAGUACACCACACAGACGACGCAGACGAAGUAAAUAAGUCGCUCGCGCGCCCCAAGAAGAUCCGCAAGCUCAAUACGGGGCUUCGGUCGCCGCCGCUGACGAUGCUGCAGUACGACACGCCGGCGACGACGAGCGAAGACACGAGCGGCGACGACGAGCAUGCGCUCGAGGUGGCGCCAAUGCCAUCGCCGACGCCGACCGAGAUGGCCAUGCCGCCGCCGCCGUCGGCGUGCUUGACGUGUAUGGCGCGUUGCGAUGCCGACGAGUCGGUGCAGCGCGUGCUCUCGGCGCUGCACAAGCAAACGAGCGCGCUGCAGGAGCAGCUCGACAGCAUUCGCAUGCUGCUGCAGCUGGCCAUGUCCCAGCACAAUGCGUCGCACCAUGUUUAA